CUCCUCCUCCUCCUUCCAGCCAGCAGGAGUAUAAAUCAGGGGCCAGUCGUCAACAGUCAGUCAGAGAACAGGCAGGGUCGGAGAACCUCACAGCAUCCUCAUCCUCAGCAGAAACCAAAGACAGACAAACACGCAGACACAGAGACGAUGGCCGGAGAGGAUCGAUUCAUCAUCACCGCCCGCAUCAUCGGAGCCGUUCACAAGGCCGCGCCAAAACUGAAGACUUUCAUGGUCAGCGUCGCCUGGUCCGAUGGCACUGAACUGAUCAUCUACAGGUCGUUUGGGGACUUCCAGAGAUUCCAUAGGGACCUGAAGAAGAAGUUCCCAACCCUCAACCCUUUCCAAAAAAACAAGAGAGUUAUUCCCAAAUUUAGAGGAAAGGCCAGGCAGAGCAGCAUGCCUCAGAAAGGAUCCAAGCGCUCCGUGCUCCGGAUGAGGUUCCUGGAGAAUUACUGCGACAAACUGUUCAAGUGUGAGCAGGACGUGACCCGGAGUUCAGAGGUCACUUACUUCUUCCUGCCAAAAGAACAGGACCUGCAGUCGGACUUCACCAACAACAGCAUCAUGAUCCUGAUGGCUGACAUGCGUGAUGGAUCAUCUGAUGGUGCCAGCUUCUCCGGCCGACAGGGUGGAAACAUCACUCACCCGUUCAUCUCCCAGACUUACCGCUGCAUCGCUGCCUAUGAGACCAAGGACACCAAGAACCGUCCAUUCAAGGUGGACGUGGACGAGAACGUGGAUGUUUUGAUUAAAGACCCAGCAGGUUGGUGGUUUGUUGAAAACGAGGAGAAACGUUUGGCCUGGUUUCCUGCUCCUUACCUGGAGUUGUUGGAUGGAGAGGAUGAUGAUGAAGGAUUCCAGCCCGGAGGUUCUCUGUACUGUGCUGUGAGGUCCUACUCUACAAAGAAUGCAGAUGAAGUGUCCGUGUCCAUCGGCUCAGUGGUGGAGGUGCUGAAGAAGUCCGACAACGGCUGGUGGCUCAUCAGGUCCAACGGUAAAGUGGGCUACGUCCCCUCCAUGUACCUGAAACCUUACAACAACCCACGAGUUGGGAUUUUCAACCUGCAGAGGAAGAUGCACAGCUCCACACUCAACCUGAGUUCCAGCCCCACUAGAGACCUCCAGGUUUCAUACUCACCCACCAUCAGUGAAGAAACCCACCCACUGAGAGAUUCUGCAGCCCCCUACAGAAGUGGCCCAAAUGUCCCUGGGCAAAUCCACAAGGCCCAGUCUCUGGAUGUUCUGUCUGAGACCUGGCCGCAGGCUCGUCCUGAGAGAGCUGCCUCCGCCUCAGACAGCCGUAAGUACAGCGUGAGCGGCGAGUCCAGCCUAAGCGACUUCUCCGCCUCCAGUGGGUCCAGCCAGUCCCUGUCCCAGAGCCCUGUGUCUGCUGCUCCUUCACGCCAAGCCACUGCAAGCCCGAAUCCCAGUGUCUCUGACCAGAGUGACGCUGAAUCAGUGAGGUCCAAGAGCAGCGACCAGGCCCCCAGAGUCCCCCCCAGACCCAGAACAGAGGAGAUCCUGGCCAGCUGCACCACCAUGACCCGCAAGGCAGCCCUGGCCACAAAGAACCUGCUGAAGAAUCAACCAUUCGAGGCUGGGAUGGUCGAAAAUCUGCACCAGAAUCAGUCUGUUCAGAUUCAUGCCUUUUAAAUGAGAGACUUUCUGUUUGUUGGAACAGAUUUGUAGAAAAACAGCUCCAGAAAGUGAGUCUUUGUGAAGCAGGUUUUAGUCAACUCAAAGAGGUUGACGCUGUCUUUUUAAACAGACCAGAACUAACACAGAGGUCAGAGGUCAUUCAGUCCCAUGGGUCAGUCUGGGGCAGGGGUGUCCAAACGUCUUUCAUGGUUUGGAAAAUGUUGAAUUACAUGUAAUAAUUAUUAGUUUUAUUAAAAAUAUAUGUACGACACAUUAAACCUACCUCUGACCAGGAAUGGUCCCCAGGCCAGAUGUUGGACAUACAUGUCCCACUAGGACAAAGGUGUCACCAGGUGUAGAGAACAUUUCCUUCAGAUUCUGUGGCCUGUCAAUAUUGUAGAUUAUUGUGAGUGUGUACAGAUGAUGCAAUACAUAUGUAUAUAUUUACAGUAUGAUUUAUAAAUACAGUAUGUAAUAUUUACAAGUAAUGUAUGUUAUUGAAACAGCUGGGAGUAUUCUGAUCAAAUGUACUGGUGUGGGGGACAGAAGUACUUUUUAUAUGUACUGAGUUAAAUAAAGUGUUUUUAAAGUCAA